AGGGAAAAAGGAAAUUGUGACAGGGCGGAGUAGGUUCCGAACUGAAAGUAGAUUUAUGAAUUCAAAACUCGGGUAGAGAGGCAUUCAAGCGGCCACCGCCGUGCCACGAUUUUGCAUGACCACCUGUGGAUCGAUUCUCUCCCCAAACUAGCGAGACCAGUUUGACUCAAAUGUGGCAGAGACGCCUCCUAGGAAAAAAGCACAGCAUCGUCUCCGACGACCGAUAUUUGAUCUUCUUCCAGCUUUGCUGCAACGGCCAAAGGUGGUCGAAUCAACGAUGGAUGGUGUUCAUUGUACGACACAAGAAGGAUAAUUACACAAAAUUCUCAACUGUGAACGGCUCUUGACAACGAUGGAUGGAGAUCACUACAAGGUGCUGGGGCUGCGCAGAGAUGCCUCCAAGGAAGAAAUCAAGCAAGCGUUCUGGAAAUUGGCCAUGCAAUUCCACCCUGACAAGCACUCCCACUCCCCCAAUUCCGUUAAGGACGACGCCACCCGCCAAUUCAAGCGCCUCUCCGAGGCCUACGACGUCCUUAGCGACGACCGCAAGCGCGCCGACUAUAAUCUUCGCUCCGCUUCUGCCACUCACGGAGGGUACGGUUACUACAACCGCGGCAAUAGUUACGGUCGCUAUAAUGGUGCCAGUCGUGGAGGCUCUGCAGGUGGGUACCGUCACCACAAUGACGGCAAUAGCUACGGUCACUUUAGUGGCGCCAGACGUGGAGGCUCUGCAGGUGGGUAUGGAGCUUCCUCUGCUUCCGAUUGGGGUGCUUGGAUGAACAAAUUCAAGGGCUCUCUUCGGUUUCCAACGAGGCACACGGUUGUUAUCAACGUUGCCAUCGCCAGUGGUUUGGUGAGUGGCGCUGUUAUAUUUGACAUGAGCAGGGAGACACUAUGGAAAAUGCACAAUUCUGGGAAAUCAUUUGAAGAAACCAUGGAGUCCAUUGAGAAGGCCAAAACACAGAGAGGUAGAAAGUUGUAGAAAGCCUUGUUUGCAUCAGACAGACUCGUGUUGUAAGUUUCUUAUUGAUCAUUCAUCAUAGGUCAACUAGCAUAAAAAAAAUAAUGGCCUAAUGCUGGUUUUUAAAAUUUUUCUUGUUAAUAGGGUUUCUUUUUUAUGAUUUCUUAGUCAUACAAAGUUAUAAAUGUAGAUACGUAUGAUUGUGUUCGUGUCUUAAUUGUCCUUCAAUUUACGCUGCUGUCGAUUUUGUAAGUAAUGUACUAGACAUACAGUGAGCUUAUAACUUUCGUUUAUAAAUAUUUUUGGCUUGAAAAACGUAAA